GAAAGAGUCGAGCCCGAGGAACUUCCGGUUCCGGUGUCAGUUCGAGGCGCCGCCGCAGGAGCCGCCGGAGCCGCGAUGCCUAAAGGAGGGAGAAAGGGUGGCCAUAAGGGCCGGGCAAGGCAGUACACGAGCCCUGAGGAGAUCGACGCUCAGCUCCAGGCCGAGAAACAGAAGGCCAGGGAAGAAGAGGAACAAGAAGAGAGUGGAGAUGGGGCUGCCAGUGACCCCAAAAAAGAGAAGAAAUCUCUGGACUCGGACGAGAGUGAGGAUGAUGAUGAUGACUACCAGCAAAAGCGAAAAGGCGUCGAAGGGCUCAUCGACAUCGAGAACCCCAACCGGGUGGCACAGACAACCAAAAAAGUCACGCAGCUGGAUCUGGAUGGGCCCAAGGAGCUUUCCAGGAGAGAACGAGAAGAGAUUGAGAAGCAGAAAGCAAAAGAGCGUUACAUGAAGAUGCACAUGGCAGGAAAGACAGAGCGGGCCAAGGCUGACCUGGCCCGGCUGGCCAUCAUCCGGAAGCAGCGUGAGGAGGCAGCCCGGAAAAAGGAGGAAGAGCGGAAAGCGAAAGACGAUGCGACUUUGUCGGGAAAACGAAUGCAGUCGCUGUCCCUCAACAAGUAAAGGUGGCUGUGGGGAGAGGAGAUCCGGGGCCAGCCAGCAGCCAGGACCUCAUUGUGCGGCCUGCCCUGUGCCCCGGUGCCGCUGCUGCAGCCCCUCACGGCUAGGAGUCCCCAGUGGACGGGGCCUCUUCUUCAUCUUGGCACAGAAAUUGUUUGGGGGGAUGGUGGGAGGGCUGGGCGGGAGCGGCUGCUAUCUUCCAGACAGAAAGAUGCAGGGAAGCAUUGCUAUGUAGCCAUUGGAAUGUUUUGGGGAGUUCAGAGCCUGGGGGAGGGGGUCACAGCUAGGUGGGGUCCAAGGAGCUUUUAUUCCUAGGUAGAUUGCACGGGAGGCAGCUGUGCUUAGGGCACUCCUACCAGUUUGUGACAGUCAACCCCAGACUGCCGCCUGGGUGCUUGCUCACAAGAAGAGGCUGUCCUCUGAGGCCUGAGGGUCCUGGCUCCUCCCUGGCCAGUGUUCCAACAGGCCUUUCCCCCACCCUGCCCUGCCUCGCCCCUUGCCCACCGGCCAGGAUCCACUUUUAACCUGACCCCUCCAUCAUUUCAAGGAACCUGUUUACUGUGUGUCACCCAGGGGAGACAAGCUCCGAAAAUCCAACUUGUGUAUCUGGCCGAUUAAACUUGACAUUAUCUUAA